AUGGUCGAAUCAUCUUCAUCUUCCCCCAAAAACACUCAGAAAGAAGAUGAAAACACUAAAAAUACCCCAAAAUCGGUUGAUUGUAUAGAACUAUUGGAAGAUGAUGAAAAUGACAGUAUUGGUGUUGUAGCCGAAGAUAUUCAACAAAUUGAGGAGGAUAAUGAAGGGGAAGAAGGAAAGGAAGAGAAUGAAGAAAGGGAAGGAGGGGAGGAGGAAGAGGAUGAUAUUAAAGUUAUUGAAGAAAAACCCCCAGCAGCUAAAAGACCCAAAAUUGCAGCAACAGGGCAAAGGAGAAAUAGUGAAUGGCCUAGAGAUGGAAGUUCAAGUCCGGUGCCGGAAGAUCCUAGAGCGGCUAAAGACUCAUCUAUAUCCCAUUCAAUACAAACUGAAGAAAAGGACAAGGAUACACCCAACUCAAAAACCAAAAAUUUAAAUAAUUCAGCUUCUUCUACACCUCUAAAUUCUUACAAUGUUUUAUUAGACCGGUUAGAAUUGUAUGUGCUGAAUGCUUUGGAUAAGGGGGAAAAUAUGGAUAGAAAGGUUUUGGAUGCGUUACUUGCCGCAAUUAACAUCCAAGUCCAAAAAGAGCCUUAUGCUGUUCGGAAAUUAAUACUUGAUAAACAAUUGGUCCUUCCAAACACAAUAUCUUUCCCUCCUUCACAAGUUGUCGAUUUAUUAAUUGAACAUGACCCCGAUCACCAACUUUCACGUGUUAUUAACCGACUUUUUGGGGAGGAACGUCCAAAAUUGGCGGAAAAUGAACGGAGGGAGAGGCAAUACUUAAGGGCUACAAAUCCAGCCCCAAAUAUGACAAAAUUAUUAAUGGAUAUGGGACAAGAUUUAGUUCAAGAAUCUACUUAUUUUGAUAUUGUACAUGCUAAGAAUUUACCUGAAAUGCCUAAAAAUAUGGAUACUUAUAAACAGGUGAAGUUUUGGGGAGACUUGUUUAAUAUUCUGGUUUUUAAACGUAUUUUCUGGAAUUUAAUUCUGAUUUUUUUAUUAAAUAAUUAUACUUUCCGGAAAUAUACCUAUCUGAUUUUUUAUAACGUCAGAAUUAAAAAUUCUGAUUUUCUAUAG